UGAUGAUGCAGACCAGCAAAUCUCUGCUUGUGAACACAUAUGUUCAGCAUGGAGAUGGUCAUCCGUUCAGACACUUCACAACCGCAAGACCUGCAAGCAAUCGAUCUCGAUGUGUGAGUCACAGAUCAGAAUUAUUGAAAGUAUCAGCCGAGCCUGCGGACACUUCUAUAAUUCAAGACGUGCCCGAGCCGGAAGAUGCAAGAGGAGCGAUUGCGGUGGGCUUGGAACUGUAUAAUGCAGGGCAGUAUGAGACCGCCCUGGGUAUUUUUGAGAAGGCGAUGAAUCUGCCAGGAACAGGGAUCAAGCAAUUCAGGGAUAAGCCCCCUACAAUUAGCAAUGGGGAGAAGCAGGCAGCGCUUUACAAUAUAGCAUGCUGCCAGUCAAGGCUGGGGAAAACGGAACCUGGCCUUAUGGCCCUGGCCGGGGCUCUCGAAGCAGGGUAUGAAGACUAUCAGCAGAUGCGGGAAGAUCCGGAUCUGGAGGCAGUGAGAGAAGAUAAGCGCUUUGAGAUGCUCAUCGGCAAAUUCAACAGGUCAAACAGCAAUGGAUUCUUUGGGAACUUUUUGAAAGGAUUCCAGCUAUAGAUGUCACUUACAUGGGCAACAGCUCACUGUGUCAAGGGCAUCGGAGUUCUGACCAUUUCCAUCAAAGUCCAGAACUCAAAAAUAAGGGAAGCAAAAGAGUUGAAAUGGUAAGAAACAUUCAGAG